GGCAGCAUGAGUGGGGUCGUGCGCGCGGCCUGGCGGUUGGGUGCCGCCGCCGCGCGGGGCCGGGCCGGGCGGCCGCUGAGCCAGGCGGCCGCUGGGGGCGCCGAGGGCGACGGGGCCGAGGGUGGUGGCGGCGGCGGCUCGGGGUCGCGGGAGGCGGUGGAGCGGCUGGUGCGGGCGCACCCGGUGGUGGUGUUCAUGAAGGGCAGCCCGGCGCAGCCCCUCUGCGGCUUCAGCAACGCCGUCGUGCAGAUCCUGCGCCUGCACGGCGUGGAGGACUACCGCGCCCACGACGUCCUACAGGACCCCGACCUCCGCCAAGGAAUAAAAAACUACUCUAACUGGCCUACGAUCCCACAAGUAUACCUCAAUGGUGAGUUUGUUGGUGGCUGUGAUAUACUCCUCCAGAUGCAUCAGAAUGGAGAUCUCGUAGAAGAGCUGAAGAAGCUAGGAAUCCGUUCAGCACUUCUGGAUGCAGAAAAAGACCAAGACAAAAAGUAAAAUGAGGAAGGAAAGAUGCUGUGACAGGAAUGAAGCAAAUCUUUGAUAAGAACUUGUUACCAGUAAAGCCUUACGUACUUUAGCUCAAAGAAGGCAUCUUUUUGAACUGACACUAAGAUUUAUCUGUGAAUGUCUGUUAGCUCAUGGUAAAUGUACUGAUCUUGGUAUUUUGGUUUAUGGAUAUUGUGAAAAUUUGAGUAUAACCACUGCACUGUAAAGCAUACAUUUGUGGAAAUUUUGUUUUAAAAAAAAAGUUCAUUUCUAAAAGCAUUCUCUUCUUGAUUGAGGCAGGAGUAAACCAAAAGAACUAAUAAUAUUUUUAUGUAUUUUGAGUGUGUGUUUCUCUGUUCUUUGAUACAUGAACCUAUGCAAACAGUGUUUGCAUUCCCUUGCUCCUCUUGAAAAAGUGUUAAAUAAUAGUGCAUCAGUUUUGCUGUAUAACUCCUGGUGAUAAGACUUCCUGAGAGCCUGUAAAACUUCUGUAAUCACAUAUGAUUUAGGAGAAAAAUAGUCUUCAAACAAUAUAGAAGAAAAAAGAUUAUAUGAGAGUGCAUGAAAUAUACUUUUAUUCCAAAGGGUAAAAAUAAACAGACUUGUACAAAUAUCUGUAUAAUGGUCAUUAUUACUUUGUAACAUUCUGAUGGCUUUUAAGAUUGCAAAGAAUUGUGCCUAUAGAUUUUGGAAAACCUUUUCUACCUCUUGCAAAGCAGCUUUUCACCCCUGCUUAUAUACUUUGUGUAUUGCAGUUCUGUGUCAGUGCUAAAAUGUGGGAGUUUUUUAGGGCUUCAGUAUUCUAGCUUGAAAUAGUACGGGAGAAUACUUCAGUUACUACUGUAAUCUUGUAUUAUUCGCUAGUUACUAAGUUAUCUUUUGACAUUUGUUGUAUUUCCAAGUAUUUUCUCCUGACUGUUGUGCUUUAAAGAAUAUGGUCUUCAAACAGGGGAUUAACAGAUGAAAUAUUUCAUGUAGAUGAGUGCAAUAGAGAUGCUACUGAACAGAUAAGUAUUUCUUUGUGGAAAGUAUGAAGUCUUCAAUACCUAUCUAACCACAUUUCCCUAAGUUAAAACAAAUUAUAUUAACCAGUGUAGCUUCAGCUGUACAGCAAUACUGCUGAGGUUAAAGGCUAACCAAACUGUUUCUAAAUGCAGUUUACUUUUAUUAAUAUAAACCAGUUUGCAUGUGAAUUAGGCAAAUGAUUGGAAAUAAACUAUUUUAUGUUGAUUGUC